AUGUCCGCCCCCAAGGACAACAACACUCCUCAGGAUGACGGCCACGAGUCGGAGCCCGAGAUGCUCGGGGCCGACGAGGUUGGCGAGGAGGUCGACGUCGACGAGGAGGACGUGCCCAUGGACUCGGACGACGAGAACGAGGAGAUAAACCUGCAGAACGACUCGGUCGCCUAUUUCGACGGCCACAAGGACUCCGUCUUCACCAUAGCCCAGCACCCCGUCCACCCGACGCUGGUCGCCACGGGCGGCUCCGAGGGCGACGGCGACGACGCCCCCGGCAAGGGCUACCUCAUCUCCACCGCCGCCGCCGCCUCCCGCCCCGUCCUGCCGGCCUCGUACUCGGGCGACGCCGCGCCGCAGCAGAGCACCGCCCUCGAGAGCAUCUACGCCAUCGACGGCCACACCGACUCCAUCAACGCCCUCGCCUUCACCCUGCCGCGCGGCGACUUCCUCGUCAGCGGCGGCAUGGACGGCAAGCUCCGCGUCCACGCCCUGCGCGUCAACUCGCCCACCGCCGAGGCCGCCAGCGUCCAGAUCAAGUUCAUCGCCGAGGCCCAGGAGGUGCCCGAGAUCAACUGGAUCGCCCCCUGCCCGUCCCCGCGCUACCCCAACACCAUCGCCAUCGGCGCCAGCGACAACUCGGUCUGGGUCUACACCAUCGACAUCGCCGCCGCCGCCGGCGACCCGGCCAACGCCCUGCAGAUCGUCCAGACCUACUGGCUGCACCAGGCGCCCGUCACCGCCGGCGCCUGGACCCCCGACGGCAACCUGCUGUGCACCGUCGCCGAGGACUCGAGCCUGUACGUGUGGGACGUGUGGGGCGAGGCCGCCGCCGCGGGCCUCGUCGAGAGCAACGGCCAGACGACGGUGAGCAUGACGGGCGACGACCAGCGCUUCGAGGUCGAGGGCGGGCUCUACAGCGUCGCCGUCGACCCCAAAGGGCGCGCUGGUGGACGUCGGCGGCGCCGGCGACGCCAUCCGCAUCUACAGCCUGCCGCGGCUCGCGAGCAGCGGUGGUUCGGUGACGCCAAAAGCCGGACAGCAUCGGAGCGCUGA